UAGCCCAAAGAGUUAUCUGCUGUAAUGUCUCUGAUUGGCUGCCUGGUCAACAUCCUGUCGGAGGUGCAGAGUAAAGCGGGUGUACAGGGAGACAAGACAGAAAGGUGCGAUGGUCGAGACUGCAGGGUCUGCCAGUGUUUCCCCCCCAAAGGAGAGAGGGGGAAUCCUGGUGUGUUAGGUCAGCAGGGCCUGCAGGGGCUUCCAGGUUUGCCUGGCCCCCAAGGACUUCGUGGCGAAAAGGGUCAACGUGGACUCAUAGGCUCGCCUGGGCUCUCUGGCCUGGAAGGAGACCAAGGCUUUCAAGGAGAUCAAGGCUAUGCUGGAUUAGGUGGAGUGCCUGGUCAUCCAGGGCCUGGUGGUCUUCCGGGGCUUCCAGGGAAGGAUGGCUGUAAUGGAACCAGAGGGCAACGUGGGUUGAAUGGUGAGAUAGGACGACCCGGCUUCCCAGGACCAAUGGGACUACCUGGGUUAAAAGGAGCCAAAGGAGACGCGUUUACAAGGAUAAGGUUUCUUCCUGGAACACCUGGUGUCGAUGGACUACCUGGAAUACCUGGACCAGAAGGGCUAAGAGGGGUCUUUGGCCCACAAGGUCCACCAGGACGAAUGGGACCUGAUGGAUCUAUGGGCUUACAAGGAUUACCAGGUCCAAGAGGCCUACCGGGAGACCCAGGAAGAUCACUGCCUGGACCAAAAGGAGAUGAGGGGGAACAGGGGAAACAGGGUGAACCAGGUCCUUUUGAAUAUGUGGAGCCCAACCCAGAAGACUAUGUGAAAGGCGAAAAGGGGAGGAAAGGUCAGAAAGGAAUUUGUGGAGCACCUGGCCCAGAGGGUCUUGAAGGACCUCCAGCAGAAAAAGGAGAGAAAGGCAUAAUUGGUUUACCUGGUCAAAGAGGCCUGCCUGGAUAUCCAGGAAGAUAUGGCUUUCCAGGACUUAAGGGAGCACUAGGGGAUAAUGGUCUCCCAGGUCUAUAUGGCAACCCAGGGCCAAAGGGCUACCCAGGAGACCCCGGACCUAAAGGAAACCCAAAAUACCAUUACAACAAUAUGAUGGGACCACCUGGAGAUCAUGGGCUUCCUGGUGCAGCCGGACUUCCUGGGGAUAGAGGGGCGAUGGGUAUACCUGGACCCCCUGGUGAUCCAGGAGCAUCUAUAAGAGGUCCAGUGGGUGAAUCUGGUUUGCAGGGUCUUAAUGGACUCAAAGGAGAAAAAGGUGACCCAGGAAAAAUAUACGGGUCAUACUUAAACUAUGGGGAACCUGGAAAACGUGGCCCUACUGGACCCAAAGGACAAAAUGGAAUUCCUGGUAAUCCUGUUUGCGGUUACUACUGCGUGCCUGGUGAGCGUGGAGAAUCUGGACAGGUUGGAAAUAGAGGGCCCCCUGGAUUAAAAGGUGUUCAGGGGAGAAAAG